AUGUGGAUCGUCGGCGGAUACGGAUUGACAGAGGACCAAGUGUGGAGAUGGUGCCGUUCAAUUGGCCACGACGUGCCCCCCGACUGGAUAUACAUCGACAUUGUCGAACGAUAUAUCAAAGAACACGCAAUCCCAAUCAGAGUCGUCCCCUGCGAUACCAUACAUGGUCCCGUCUAUCUCAUUCUCACAGACUCGAGGACUGAUGCGAACGCCACACCUACGGACUUCGAGCCGUUCCAAGAGGAGACUUCUAAGCGUGCCCCUGCAAUCAAAGCAAAGCUGCUCGAAAUGGGCUUCGACUCUAUGUGGAUCGUCGGCGGAUACGGACUGACAGAGGACCAAGUGUGGAGAUGGUGCCGCUCAAUUGGCCACGACGUGCCCCCCGACUGGAUAUACAUCGACAUUGUCGAACGAUAUAUCGAAGAGCACGCAAUCCCAAUCAGAGUCGUCCCCUGCGAUACCAUUCAUGGUCCCGUCUAUCUCAUUCUCACAGACUCGAGGACUGACGCGAACGCCACACCUACGGACUUUGAGCCGUUCCAGGAGGAGACUUCUAAGCGUGCCCCUGCAAUCAAAGCAAAGCUGCUCGAAAUGGGCUUCGACUCUGUGCAUUAUGUUUCGGUCGCGGAUCCGUAUCGCGUCUGGCAGGAAUAUUAG